CUCUCACCGUGUGCUUACGAGUUACCAUCCUCCCCCAUCAACGCCGCGCCUUUCCUCUCUGCGCAACCGCAAAGUCCAUUCAAUUGCAGCGGCACCGCACUUCCCUUCGCUACAUGUAGUAGUAGACGACGCAGCAUCACGGCCGGUCGACCAUGGCUCCGCUCUGCGCCGACCCGCGCCAGGUCGUCAUCUCCCUCAACCCGGCCCGCCGGCAGGCCCUCCUGCGCCUCGUGGAUGAGAUUGUCGACUAUAUGAUCUCGCAGAUCGAGACCUCUGCCGAUGACCUCGGGGCUCUCGCGCCGGCAGACAUUGACGACUCGGACGAGCACGCAACCAGCCGCCACACCAAGGUUUCCAAGGAUGAUGAUGACGACGGCAGAGGCUCAUGGCAGGCUGCGUGGCAGGACGACUGGGACUCGCCGGCUGACGCCCAGAGGCAGAAGAAGGAACAGAAACUGACGCAGCAAACUCAGCAGCAACAGAAGCCCAGCGAAACAGAGUCUCGCCAGGCGCAACGCGUCCAGCGGGCCGCCGUCAAGCACAUCAAGGAUUGGAGGGACGAGUUCCGCCCCAAGAUCGCUGACAUUGUGCGCGUCGAGGACAGCGACAAGAUCCGCGCCGAGCGGCAGAAGCGCCGCGACGCCAUGGACAAGAAGAGGCUCGACACGCCCGAGCACGGCGAGGACCUCAUCAGCUUCGGUGGCGGCGGCGGGCAGCUCACCCGCGCCGACGCCGACGACGACGUCGCCUCGCUGCAGGCCCUCUACCACCCCAUCCCCACGCGCCUCACCACCAUCCCGCCCGAGGACCGCCGCGAGGCCCUCAGCUGCGUCCUGCUGCUGCUGCUCUCCACGGGCAAGUACUCGGCGCACUCGCGCGCCCUGGUCCUCUACCUCGCCUCCGCCCUGGAGCUGUCCCAGGCCUUUGUCAACGGCCAGGAGGCCGAGAUUGCGCACUCGCUCAUGGAGAACUCGACGGCCGACAAGGGCCGCAAGGAGACCAUGUCGGCCGAGGCCGAGGCCGCCAAGCGCAGGCAGGAGAACAAGGUGAGCCGCUUCUGGAAGGUCGGCCUGGCCUCGGUGGCCGGCGCCGCCGUCAUCGGCGUCACGGGCGGGCUCGCGGCGCCCCUUGUCGCCGGCGCCAUUGGCGGCAUCAUGGGCGGCGUGGGACUGGGCGGCGUGGCGAGCUUCCUCGGCAUCUUUUGGAUGAAUGGUGCGCUGGUUGGCGCGCUCUUUGGCGCCUACGGGGCCAAGAUGACGGGUGAGAUGAUGGACAACUACGCCAAAGAGGUCGAGGACUUCCGCUUCAUCCCCCUCGCCGAGGAAUGGGGCGAGGACUGCAAACCACCUCCGCCGGCAUCGUCUUCGUCGUCAGGGGAUGACGGGACUCGGCAUCGGCAGACUCAGCAGAAGCAGCAAGAUCAGCGGCGUCUGCGCGUCACCAUCGGCAUCAACGGCUGGCUCAACUCCGAGGCCGACGUGACCCGGCCGUGGCGCGUGCUGGGCAACGACUCGUCCGAGGUGUUCGCGCUCCGGUACGAGAUGAAGACGCUCCUGGCGCUGGGGACGGCGCUCCGGGACCUGGUCGGGUCGUUUGCAUGGAAGGCCUUCAAGGCCGAGGUGAUUAAGCGCACCGUCCUGGCCACGCUCUGGGCCGCCCUCUGGCCCAUCCAGGUGCUCGCCGCUGCCUCUAACGUCGACAACCCCUUUAGCCGCGCCAGCAACCGCUCCCGCAAGGCCGGCCGCCUCCUCGCCGACGCCCUCGCCAACCGCGUCCAGGGCGAGCGCCCCGUCACCCUCGUCGGCUACUCGCUCGGCGCCGCCGCCAUACACGCCUGCCUGCGCGACCUCGCCGAGCGCCACGCCUUUGGCCUCGUCGCCGACGUCGUCCUCAUCGGGGCGCCCGCCCCCUCCGAGCCCGCCCACUGGCGCUCCCUCCGGCCCGUCGUCUCGGGCCGCAUCUUCAACGUCUACUCGGAGAAUGACAUGGUCCUCGGCUUCCUCUACCGCAUGCACAGCCUCGCCCUCGGCGUCGCCGGCCUGCAGCCCAUCCGCGGCGUCCGCGGCCUCGACAACGUCGACCUCAGCGAGCGCGUCAGCGGCCACCUGCGCUACCCGGACCUCACCGGCGAGAUCCUCCGCAUGUGCGGCUUCGUCGGCGUCCGCGCCGCCCGCGACAUCGAAAAGGACGACGUCAUCCGCAUGAAGGACCAGGCCGCCGAGGGCAACCUCGUCGACUUUGACGACGCGCCACCGCCACCGCCCUCGUCCUCCGCCAAACGAAAGGAGAGCAAGGUGGCCAACGACCUCCACGGCCUCACCAUCUCGCCCCCGGCCCUCUCGCCGUCGCGCGACCCCGACUCGCCCAUCCCUAGACGCCCCGUCGGCGCAUCCGCCGCCUCCUCCUCUUCCAAAAACGACCCCCCGUCAGAGCCUCAGCGCCCUCCGUCCGAGGCCUUCAACGCCACGCCUCCUCCUGCCGCUUUGCCCACAAGGCGCUCGAAUCCGCAGCCCAAGGACGAUGACUUCUUCGCCACAGAGCCUCGCCUGGCCAGGCGCCCCGUUGGAGCACCGCCCAAGCAAAAGACGCGCCAAAUGACACCCGACUCGACCGACCCCGAGGACUCGGACGAUGACAGGCCGGCGGGUGGCAUCACCAUGGUGGACAUGGACGACGACGACGAGGACUAGGCACGCAUACAUACACACGACAUGUUUAUACGAAUUGAGGACAUGAAGAGAAAACCACGAGAGCUCUGAAAUGGAUGAUAAAAUCUACACACUACACAUUACAAUGUAAAGAGAAACGAGCGCGCACCCACGCGUAUAGGAUUCCAUUCUCUGGC